GACCUCCGCCACGGUGCUCUGUCCCUGCCACCCGAACCCUGGGUUCCGCCCGAUCCCCUGAGGGAAUGACCUCGCAAAACCGACAGGACCAAGCCUACAGACUUGAGCCAGGGUGGUGCUGAAGAAGAUGAUGUUCCAAGGCUUCCUGGACCAGCAUCCUGUGCCUGGGACCCUCGACUUCCUUGGACACACCCCGAGUUUGUCCUUCACAUCAGAGGUGGACUCAGAGGCCUCUAUCUCCGAGGCCUCCUCUGAGGAUCUGGCACCACCUCUGGAGGCUGAGGUAGCUCCAGAGCGUCACAGGGUAGAGGCUGUGAAGAGCAAGGAAAAGAAGAAGCCAAGAGCACUGGCCAACAUGUUAAACAUGUUCAAAGGAAAGAAGAAGAAGGGUAGUUCCCCCAGCUCAGCACAGCCAGAGCCCAGACCAGGGCCGGGUAGCCCGGCACCCACAGUGGAGGAGCUCAAGGCAGCGCUGGAGGGCGGACGACUGGAGGCAGCAGGGUCCCUGCUGGUGCUGGAGAGGGAGCUGGCAGCCUUGGCCUCUGCAGGCAAGCUGGAUGCAGAGGAGCUGGUGCGGCGACAGAGCAAGGUAGAGGCGCUGUACACACUGCUGCACAGCCAGGUGCAGAGAGUGUUGUGCCGCCCCCUGGAGGCUGCGCCUGAGCGGCUGCACCAGGCCCUGGCGGUGGUGGCCGAGCAGGAGCGCGAGGACCAGCGGGCAGCGGAGGCCGGGCCUGGGGCAGCAACGCUGGUGAACACACGGCCGCGACACUGGCUGCAGCAGUGGCGGCACAGCGUGGCAGUGGUGGCCUCUGAGCGCAUGGGGGCACGGCCAGCUGCACACACCGAGGGGCGCUCGGAGGUAGAGGACGCCUUCCUGCACAUGGGCCGCACCAUGAAGGAGGACCUGGAGGCCGUGGUGGAGCGACUGCGGCCGCUGUUCCCAGCUGAGUUUGAUGUUGUGGCCACCUACGCACGCAGCUACCACGAGCACUUCGCUGCGCACGUGGCAGCCCUGGCGCAGUUCGAGCUUUGCGAACGUGAUGCCUACCUGCUGCUGCUCUGGGCGCAGAACCUCUACCCGAAUGACAUCCUCAAAAGUCCCAAGCUGGCAGCGGAGCUGCAGGCUGUCAGCCUUGGGAGCCUGCUGACCCCCAAGCAGAUCCGGUCACUGGAGGCCACGUUUCUGUCCAGUGAGGUGGCCAACGUGAAAGGGCUGAUGGCCCGUGCCUUGGAGCUGGAGGCACAGCGCUGGGCCCAGGACGUGGCUCCGCAGAAGUUGGACGGCCGCUGCCACAGUGAGCUGGCCAUCGACAUCAUCCAGAUUGUCUCACAGGGCCAGGCAAAGGCUGAGAACAUCACUCCCGACCUAGGGAAGCAGAUCAAGCAAGUGCUGCUGGUGGAGUUGGCCGCGUUCCUGAGGAGCUACCAGCACACCUUUGAUGAAUUUCUGGAAAGAGGCAAACAGCUGACAAAUUACAGGGCCAAUGUCAUUGCCAACAUCAACAACUGCCUGUCCUUCCGGACGUCCAUGGAGCAGAGCUGGCCAAUCGUGCAGGAUCCCCGGAGACACCUGCUGGAACCCCUGAGUGAACUCCGGAGCCAUGGCUUUGACACUCUGCUCCAGAGCCUGUUCCUGGACCUGAAGCCUCUGUUCAAAAAGUUCACAAAGACUCGCUGGGCGGCGCCUGCCGAGACCCUGGAGGAAAUCCUCACCACUGUGGGCAGACAGCUGCCGAAGUUCUGGGAACUUCAGGACUGCUUCCGGGAGGAGCUCAUGGAAGCCGUGCACCUGCACCUGGUGAAGGAGUACAUCACCUGCCUCAGCAAGUGCCCGCUGGUCCUCAAGAAGGAAGAGCAGCAGCAGCAGCUGGCAAGGAACAUCCUGGCCAACGCUGAAGCCAUCCGGCUUUUCUGCACGCAGAACGGCUCCCCUGCGACCUGGCUCUACCCUGCCCUCCCUAAACUUGCUGAGAUCAUCCACCUGCAAGACCUCAACGCCAUCAAGAUGGAAGUCGCCACCUAUGCCACCUCAUACCCUGACUUCAGCAAAGGUCACCUGAGUGCCAUCCUGGCCAUCAAAGGCAACCUAACAAACAGUGACGUCAAGAGCAUCCGGAACAUCCUGGACAUCGACACGGGCACACAGGAACCCUUCAGGCCCCUAUUUUCACUUAUAAAGCUCGGGUAGCUUUUCCUGGAGUCUGACCUACUGAGCUUCCAGCGAGCAGGCUGCACACCUCACUUGGAUGCUCCCCAGACCAGCUCCAGCUCCUGCACCCCUCACAGGCCUACUCCAUUCUGCUGCUCCUUCUUCCUAGCCUGGCUCUGGAACAGGCCCCAUGCUGCAGAGCCUGUCCGAGUCUGUGUGUGGUGGUGGAACAGGGUGCCCAAGGUGGGCAGCCGAGGAGCUGUCUGGAAAGGAGGGCUGACUGCUGUUGGUGCACAUAAGUGGGGGGUGCGGGGUGCAAAGGGUAUGGCCAGGGGCCCUGGGCCACUCCUGUCUUCCAGUCUGGCUCCUGGGGAUCCAUCUAGGAGGGAGUUUGGUGCCCCUUCCGCCUCUCUAGGGCCUGGCCUGGUCUGGGUUCAGCAGCUCUGAUUGCAGACAGCUCUGGGGACCUCUGCUGGUGGAACAGGUGUAGUCCAUGCUGAACUGGAGGGAGAGCAGAGCUCAGGCCUAGACACUCCUGCCCUUGCCCAGACUUCCUGGGAGGGUCCCAGGAGGCCCUGGGCUCCACCUGCUGACCCCCACGGGUCCAUCCCAUCCCUGUGCGGAGGCUGCCCUGCGUCUUCUAGUGCUUGGAGCCGCUGUGUUCUUCCCCCUUGCCCCUUCCACGCCCACCUGCAGCCUCCUGCCCCUUCUCCACUCCGGGCCCCAUGGGAACUCACUCAGAUCCUACAUCUCCCUGUUUCCAUCCCUCCCACAGCAUCAAGGCCCUUGCAUGUCACUGAAUGUCAUAGCCCCAGGGGUCGGGAUGUGAACACCUUCCUUCUGCCAUCCAUCUCCUGCCCACAGGACCCCCCUUCUACCCCAGGACAACUAACCUCUGCCACCCUCAGAGCACUGCCCCCCGCAGGGCUGAAAGCACCCACGUCUAGGCUGGCCAGGCCGCCACCACGCCUGUGGGGUGCGGGGCGGGGUUCAGCGCCAGCUCUUUGGACUGCUCCUCCUUUCCCAGGUACUGCCGUAGGAAACUAGAGCUACGCCGGGUGUGGCAGCGCACUCCUGCAAUCCUAGCCGCCUGCCGCGUGGUGGGGCCUCACGAUGCAAGGACGAGGUGCUGCCAGUGUAGCACAGUGGGAUCCACACGCUCGGGCCCUGGCUCUACCCUGUAUACAAAAAAGGAAAUGUGGCUGGGAGCCGCUGCGGCCAGCAUGAGGGACCCACCGAGGGUUGUGUACGUUUGUAGGAGUUACCUUGUAUAAUGUUAUUAAUGUUAUUUUCAUUGUACUGCUUUUGUAUGUAAGAUCUGAGUUUUUACAGUGUGAAACAAGCUGUUUUCAAAAGUGGCUGUGGUUUCUUUUGGGACCUGCAAACUUGAGGUGAGAUGGGAGUGACCUUGGGGAUUGGGUGAACCCUAUCUCCCCAGCACCUCCUGUGGUGCCAGAGGACACCCCCAGUGAGCUGAGCACUGGAUGGGGACACGGGCUAGCAGUUUCCUCAUCUCUAGGGGAUCAGGCUUGGUGUGGUGGCGCGCGCUUAUGAUCCCAGCAUGCAGAGGCUAAGGCAAGAGGAU